UCGAACUUUUUUAACAACCAUCCUUAUCAUGCUACAUAUGUGACAUUGAGCUCUCCCCCAUCUCCUUCGCAAUACACUCCUAUAUAGUCCGAUUCCAUCCCGUCCCAUGUAGCGUUUGCCGAUCUCUCCUCUCCAUCUCAAGAGUCAGGCUAUCAACUGACUAAAGCACCAAAUAGAGUCGCAUUUUUCACGGAGAAAGAAUGGCAGAAAAGACCACCACGCUGAAUGUAAUUGUUGACCUUGACUGCCCGCGGUGUUACAGACAGAUCCGCAAGGUCCUCUGCAAGCUCCAAGCUACCGCUGACCAAGAGCGAAUAAGGACGAUCUCCUACAAUGACAAUAGCCAUACGAUCUCCAUCACCGGACCCUUCGACCCUCUUCAGCUGUGUUGCAAGAUCAGAUGCAUGGGAGGCAAGGUGAUCAGGGACAUCCAAAUCAAACAGCCCAAGCCGCCACCGCCGCCUCCACCUCCGCCAUGUACAUGUAAAAGGGACAUUGAGCAACUGAAUUUGAGAAUGACGGAUAUCCAGAGACAACAAAAUAUUUGUGUAGACCAGAACCAGGACAUUGAGCAACUGAAACAGCAAAUGGUGGAUCUCCAGGGACAUCAGCAGAGUUGUGUAGAAAUGAAAAGAGACAUUAAGCAACUGGAGUUGAACAUGGUGCAGCUCCAAGAACAAUUCAAUACACGGCGGAGCUCCGACGAGAUGAUGCAUAUCCCGUCAUCGACGCCGUGCUACUCAGGGUGCAGGUGCAACAGAGUGCACAUCUAUGCUGCUGCAGGGCUGGCGGGGUGCCACGGUGGUGCGCCAUACUGCGGCUGCUAUAGAGGCUGCCAGUUCAGCGAGGAUGGUGUAUCGACUGGCUGCAGCGUCAUGUGAUUUUGAAACAUUUCUAGAAAACUAGAAGCUGAGACGUGCCCAUGGUAGCUAUGGUUUGAUAAAUCUGUGGUAAAUGCGACCGCACUCAAUAAAGCGCUUGCAAAGUAAUUACUUGAAAAGAAUCAUCUUUUCAGGUUCUGUAUUAUUUUGCAGUUAUAAUUGAAGCGAGUGUAAUGCAUAAAGCGAAAGGCAUGAAAAUUAUAUACAGUUGUAAACGAUGAAAUGCAAUUCUA